CUGCUGCCAACAUCAUGUUAUGGAUGGAAUAGGUGAUAGAGAAAUUUGACAUCUUGCCUAGCAAAAUUAAAGCAAUAGUACACGACAACGGGUCUAACAUGGUGGCUGCAGCUCGACUGCUGGAAGAAAAACAUGGUUGGUUUUCUGUGCGCUGUGCUGGGCACACUCUCCAACUUAUUGUUAACAGUGCCCUCAAAGAGCCCAGCAUCAACAAAGCCACCGGUGCAGCAAGAAACUUAGUGGAGCACUUUAGGAGAAGUGAGCUGGCAAAUUCAAAACUGAAGAAGAAGCAGCAGCAAAUGAACACAGCAGAGCACAAGCUGAUCCAGGACGUAAAUACGCGAUGGAAUAGCACGUACUACAUGAUGGAGAGACUCUUGGAGCAGCGAUGGCCAGUCACAGCGACCCUCUCUGACCCUGAGGUAACACCUAGAGGCAAGCACUACUGUGACCUCAAACCAGAGCAGUGGGUGCUACUUGAAGAGCUGGUGCAAGGGUUGGGGCUUUUUGAAUGUGCAACUGUUUUCCUCAGUGGACAGGAGUAUGCUACUGCUUCAUGUCUUCCACAGCUGGUCAAAGGUCUGCAACGGUCCAUACAGCAAACACAGUUUGAGACGAGUGCAGGAAAAGCCUUUCGAGCAAUUGCAGGAAAGGGAAUAAGUGAGAGGUGGGAGAAUCUUAACACUGUGUCUGCUGAGAGAGACAACCCACUUGUUCUUGCAGCUGCCAUCGACCCAAGAUUUCGAAAGAUGAAGUUUAUCUCCCCUGAAGAUGGCACAAGGGUGCAAAGCACAAUUGAAGUUCUUGCCAUAAAAGAAGCUAAGGCUGAGACUGGGAUACAUGAUGACCCUGAGCUACAGCUGAAGAGGAGGGGCAAUGUCUCAGGGGUAAAGUCAGCGCUGGAUAACCUUCUUCAGUCCGACACUGACAGCCGGAGUGAGGAAGAGGAGGAGACCCAGGAGGACCAAAAAAUCCAAAUGGUGAGGAGGGAAGUUCAGCUGUUCUUCACAGAGGCUGGUGGAGAGAAAAUGAGGGCCGUUUUCCCACACUGUCCAAUGUAGCAAGAUCCCUUUUGUGCAUUCCUGCAACAUCCACCCCAGCAGAGCGAAUCUUCUCAGCAGCAGGAAAUAUCUGCUCGCAGAAGAGAGCAAGUCUCACACGAGACCAUGUUGAUAUGCUGACUUUUCUUAGUAUAAAUAAACUGAACAACAUAUCCUGAGCCUCAUCUUGAUUUUAAACCUGGUCUGUCCACCAUGACAAGUUUGUGUCAAAGUUAUAUCACACAGCCCAUGUUUACAACUUAAGUAAAGAAAGCUCUGAAUGCUUAUUUUCAGCUGUAUCUACUAAUGUUAGUUGUUAAUACCGUUAGAUUUCAGACUGUUGAGAAUUGUAAAGUUCUUUUGCAACAGACAGUUGACCACAGAAUGUACUUCACAAAAUGCACAUCUUUGUUUUAUUUAAUGUUCUGCUGCUGCUAAUGAGCCUGUUCUUGGUUUACUGGGGAAAAAUGUUUAUUUGAUU